GUAAGCCGGCAGUAGCGGCCAGGCGCCGAGGCUGAGCCAGUGCAGCCAGGAGGUGUUGGGGGGCGGGGGGAAGCGAGCUCCAGCCUCGCCCCUCCCAGGAGGUGAAAGAAAGAGGUAACUAUAACUACCUAAUACUGCAGCCAUGGAGUCCAUGCUUAAUAAGUUGAAGAGUACUGUUACAAAAGUAACAGCUGACGUUACUAGUGCUGUAAUGGGAAAUCCUGUCACCAGAGAAUUCGAUGUCGGUCGACACAUUGCGAGUGGUGGCAGUGGGCUAGCUUGGAAGAUUUUUAAUGGCAUAAAAAAGUCAACAAAACAGGAAGUGGCCGUUUUUGUCUUUGAUAAAAAGCUGAUUGACAAAUACCAAAAAUUUGAAAAAGAUCAAAUCAUUGAUUCUCUAAAACGAGGAGUCCAACAGUUAACUCGGCUACGACACCCUAGACUUCUUACUGUCCAGCAUCCUUUAGAGGAAUCCAGGGAUUGCUUGGCAUUUUGUACAGAACCAGUUUUUGCCAGCUUAGCCAAUGUUCUUGGUAACUGGGAAAACCUGCCUUCCCCCGUAUCUCCAGACAUUAGGGAUUAUAAACUUUAUGAUGUAGAAACCAAAUAUGGCUUGCUUCAGGUUUCUGAAGGGUUGUCAUUUUUGCAUAGCAGUGUGAAAAUGGUUCAUGGAAAUAUUACUCCUGAAAAUAUAAUUUUGAAUAAAAGUGGAGUCUGGAAAAUAAUGGGCUUUGAUUUUUGUGUGUCAUCAACCAAUCCCUCUGAACAAGAGCCUAAGUUUCCUUGCAAAGAAUGGGACCCAAAUUUACCAUCAUUGUGUCUUCCAAAUCCUGAAUAUUUGGCUCCUGAAUACAUACUUUCUGUGAGCUGUGAAACAGCCAGUGAUAUGUACUCUUUAGGAACUGUUAUGUAUGCUGUAUUUAAUAAAGGAAAACCUAUAUUUGAAGUCAACAAGCAAGAUAUUUACAAGAGCUUCAGUAGGCAAUUGGAUCAGUUGAGUCGUUUAGGAUCUAGUUCACUUACUAGUAUACCUGAGGAAGUCCGUGAACACGUAAAACUGCUGUUAAAUGUAACUCCAACUGUAAGACCAGAUGCAGAUCAAAUGACAAAGAUUCCCUUCUUUGAUGAUGUUGGUGCAGUAACACUGCAGUAUUUUGAUACCUUAUUCCAAAGAGAUAAUCUUCAGAAAUCACAGUUUUUCAAAGGACUACCAAAGGUUCUACCAAAACUGCCAAAGCGGGUCAUCGUGCAGAGAAUUUUGCCUUGUUUGACUUCAGAGUUUGUAAACCCUGACAUGGUACCUUUUGUUUUACCCAAUGUUCUACUGAUUGCUGAAGAAUGCACCAAAGAAGAAUAUGUCAAAUUGAUUCUACCUGAACUUGGCCCUGUCUUUAAACAGCAGGAGCCAAUCCAGAUUUUGUUAAUUUUCCUACAAAAAAUGGAUUUGCUACUAACCAAAACCCCUCCUGAUGAGAUAAAGAACAGUGUCUUACCAAUGGUUUACAGAGCCCUAGAAGCUCCUUCCAUUCAGAUCCAGGAACUCUGUCUAAACAUCAUCCCAACCUUUGCAAACCUUAUAGAGUACCCAUCCAUGAAAAAUGCUUUGAUACCAAGAAUUAAAAAUGCAUGUCUACAAACUUCUUCCCUUGCCGUUCGUGUAAAUUCAUUAGUGUGCUUAGGAAAGAUUUUGGAAUACCUGGAUAAGUGGUUUGUACUUGAUGAUAUUCUACCCUUCUUACAACAAAUUCCAUCCAAGGAACCUGCAGUCCUCAUGGGAAUUUUAGGUAUUUACAAAUGUACAUUUACUCAUAAGAAGUUAGGAAUCACCAAAGAACAGCUGGCUGGAAAAGUAUUGCCUCAUUUGAUUCCCCUGAGUAUUGAAAACAAUCUUAAUCUCAAUCAGUUCAACUCUUUCAUUUCCGUCAUAAAAGAGAUGCUUAAUAGAUUGGAGUCUGAACAUAAGACUAAACUGGAACAGCUCCAUAUAAUGCAAGAACAGCAGAAGUCUUUGGACAUAGGAAAUCAAAUGAAUGCUUCUGAAGAGACAAAAAUUACAAAUGUUGGGAAUCAGCAGAUUGACAAGGUCUUUAACAGCAUUGGAGCUGACCUUCUGACUGGCGGUGAACCAGGCAAUAAGGAGGAUGGGCUACAGAGUAAACAUAAAGGAGCAUCACUUACACUUGAAGAAAAACAAAAAUUGGCAAAAGAGCAAGAGCAGGCACAGAAGUUGAAAAGCCAGCAGCCUCUUAAACCCCAAAUGCACACACCUGUUGCUCCAGUCAAACAGACUAAGGACUUGACAGACACAUUGAUGGAUAAUAUGUCAUCUUUGACCAGCCUUUCUGUUAGUACUCCUAAAAUUUCUGCUCCAAGUACCUUCACUUCUGUUCCUUCUAUGGACCUUGGCAUGAUGUUUUCUACACCGAUUGAUAAUACAAAGAGAAAUUUGACAAACGGCCUCAAUGCCAACACGGGCUUUCAGACUUCGGGAUUCAACGUGCCAGUUAAUACAAACCAUAACUUUUUCAGUAGUCCAGGCACACCCGGAGUGACCAAGAUGACCCUGGGAACACCUUCCUCUUUGCCAAACUUCAAUGCUAUGAAUCCUUCUCCUGCUGGUGCAAAGCAGACUCAACAAAGACCCACAGAUAUGUCUGCUCUUAAUAAUCUCUUUGGCCCUCAGAAACCCAAAGUUAGCAUGAACCAAUUAUCGCAACAGAAACCAAAUCAGUGGCUUAAUCAGUUUGUACCUCCCCAAGGGUCUCCAGGUAUGGGCAGUACAGUAAUGGGAACACAGAUGAACAUGAUAGGACAAUCUGCCUUUGGUAUGCAGGGUAAUCCUUUCUUUAACCCACAGAACUUUGCACAGCCACCAAGCACUAUGACCAAUAGCAGUUCAGCUAGCAAUGAUUUGAAAGAUCUUUUUGGGUAAGGUGUCUUGCUCCUAUUUUUAAGGAUUACUUGCAUUUUAAUCAUGGGUGAGCUGUUUUACAUCUCUGUAUAGCUGGCUUGGAAGAACUACUUCUGUGGGAAAUUGAAUGGUUCUGUGACAGAAAACACCUGUUUCCAUGCCAGCAUGGUAGUUGUGUGGACUCCUAACCAGUUGAGUUUUUUAAAGCAUUGAGGAUUUUUUUCCUCUUACCAACUCCUUCAGGUUUUUAAAGACCUAACCCUUACCAAUCUGAAAGAAAAAAAAAAGGACAAUUAAAUAUCUUGAGGAGCAGAAUUUUUUAAUCACAUGUUUAUUUUGGCUUGUAAAUCGUGGUGUUAUAAAAAAAAAAUUGAGUUGGUGGUAAUUGCAGGUUUCAUCUAUUAAGUGUACAUGGUACACAUUCUACCUUCACAAGUCAUUAGUCCUCGUUUUAAUAUGUGAAAAACCUUGAUGCUGUAUUAAUUUUGCAUUAGUAUGACUGAAUGAGAAAAUGAUAAGCAUAAAGAAAAGUAUCAGGUUAUUAGCUUUUUCCAAUCUUAUUUACAUCUCAGAUGGACUAAUGUUUAGUACAAAAGACUGAGCAAAUACUGCAAAAUUCAACUUCACCUUGUUUUCUUUGGUUCAAACUACAAGCAUUAUUAGCCAUCUUAAAUACAAACUAAUCAUUGUAAAUUAUCUUUUAGCAUGGUCUGCCUCAAAUAGUAAUGUAUUUUUCUGCAUUAACUUGGCUAUAUUUAGAAUCAGUUUUUCCUACUGUAUUAUAGACAAAAGAGGUAUAUACUGAUUUGUACAAAUAUUUGACAAAGCACUCUGAUGUGACUUCCUUGACUAUUGCCUUCAUAUUUUCAUUUUGAAUUCAAACUUCUGAGGUUGCAGCAUAUAUGAAUUGCAUUUUCAAAAAGGAUAUUUGUAAGAAUUAAAGUAUAUUUAAUGAGUAAACUUUUGCGAUUCCUUGCUGUAUUGUUUCCAAUGUAAUAAACUUUACUUCUCUAAAAAGAAGCAGUUGUAUCUUCCGGCUACCAACAGAUUAACUUUCAGUUGCCAUGAUAAAGUCUGACCUCAUCAGUUACUGUUACUGAAGUUUAAUUCUUCCUUUCCUAGGAAUUUCAGAAACUUUUUGUUCUAACGUCUUAAUGCCCGUGUUAGCCAUUCUUAGGAAGGAAAGACUAAAUUCUUCUAACAGGAGACAUGAUUUGUUUUGCAAAGCCUUUCUCUGAUAUUUUUCUUUAAUUUGUUGCUUAUUUAACCACAGAGCCUUAUGCUAUAAAGGUCAUUUGUAUUUUGUUAAAUUAUAUUCCACCAUUAUGUGAUAACUUAAAACAUAUCUUUAUAGAACUAUGUGUGUAUUAUAGUUGCUGCCAUAGAAUUUGUGGUUUUUUGAUUAUCUAGAACCAGCAAUCAUUUAAAAUAAAUCAUAUGAAGUUUAGUGUGCUGGUACGAAGUUUAUUCAUUGAAUAUGAAUAUUCAUUCAACAUACAUGCACACAUACAUACAGUCUAUAUUUUGAAUAUAAAGUACUUAAUAAUUUGAUUUUAAAGUAUAAUUUUUGAUGACAGUGGUAUUGCUGGCAGCAUUUAGUAAGAAGGUACUUAAUAAAAGGUCAGCUUUCAUAUCUGGUUUCUGUAUGAGCUGUACUUUAUUAAAUGGUUUUAGAAAAAAGAUAGGAAUGCUGGAAAAACCAACAGAUAAAAACAUUAGAAAGAUCAAAAUGUUUUUGUCAAAUAUAUUUUACAACUGGACCAGAUUAUCUGUCUUGUUUGUAACACGAUAUUAAUACUUCUUUAAGAAAAAUUUACAUAUGGAAUAAAAUUGCCUAAUGUUGAGAAUUUUUUUUUUCUUUGUAACAGUUCAGUAGUCACUGUUUAUUAGGAAAUUGUUUUUUAAUUUUGUAAAAUAACUUGAUGUCAGUGUUGAACUCCUAAUCAGAAGGAAUGCUUAAUAUAACAUUGUGUAUAAUUUGAACUUCUAAAUGUAAAACUAUAUUAUUUGAAAAGAUAUAAUAUGUAAUUCCUAGGUAAUUUUCACUUCUUGAAAUUUGCUCAUUUACUGGAGUAAUGGUGCUACAUUUUUAUAAAACUUUCCUAUACUUUUUUUUCUACUUUCUUGAAGGUAUUUUACUUAAAUAAUUUCCAUCAAUUGAAUUGUUCCCAUUGCCUUUUUCUGCUGAGAAACUGCCUCUGAAAAAAAAUAGACAGCUAUUUUUAGACUGAAGUGUUUCUGUAUGAACAUUUUCAAAGUAUUAGAUGACCUUAAAAUUAUUUCAGGUAUUGACAGCAUUCAAGCCCCUUGUACUUAGAGUAGAAAUUGGUAGAUUCAAAAACACUUGUAGAUAAAAAUGACCACAGAUAUUUUCUUUCAUUUGAAUUGGUUUUAUUUUCUCCUAGUGCUAAAUUAGGUGAUAUAUGUAGAUUAAGUAUAGGAGGAAAUGGAAAUAAGACUAUGGAGCUGGCUGUUUUUUGUCUUUUUUGGGGGGGUUAGGGGUUGUGUUUUGCAAUACUUAUAACCCAUCUUUACACUGAAUAAGUUAAGGAAGUAGAUUUUUUGUUUUUUUUUUUUUAAAUCUGUAAAAUACCUCACAUGGUUGCUUUUACAUAUUAAAGGAGAAGGUAUAUGUGAAAGUACCUGAUAGCAAGCACAGAGUAUGCACCAAAUAAAUUUUAGCUUUGAUAAAACUUUUC